AUGCCGGAGCUCAGGGACACAAGCAAGUCCCCAACCAAAAAGUCCCUCCUCGAUCGGAAACUUGGGGGACUACUGUUUGUACCAUAUCUGACCACCCACUCAAGUCGUGACACGUGGAACACCCUCAAGCCAGAGACCAGCUCAAUUGGGCCAUACCGAAUGUUCUCUCGGCACUCAGUACCGAUAUAG